AUGUCCAAACGUCACCUCUUCGACUCGCCGGAUGGGCUGGUCAACAAGUGCCUCCGGGGCCUUGUCUCUUACAACCCGUCGCUCGCGCUCGACGAAAGCAACCGCGUGGUGUACGACACUCGGUUCGACCGGUCCAAAGUGAGCAUCAUCAGCGGCGGCGGUUCGGGCCAUGAGCCGGCCUGGGCGGGCUAUGUCGGUACGAACCUCUUAUCGGCCUCGGUGGCCGGCGACAUCUUCGCCAGCCCUAGCACGCGCCAGAUCAUGACAGCCAUUGAGCACGUGCCCUCCGACAAGGGCACGAUCCUCGUCAUCACCAACUACACCGGCGACUGCCUCCACUUCGGUCUCGCCAACGAGAAGGCCCGCGCGCAGGGCCACGACUGCCGCAUGAUCAUGUGUGGCGACGACGUCUCGGUCGGCCGCAAGGGCGACCGCGUGGGCCGUCGCGGCCUGGCCGGCCAGAUCGGCGUGCUCAAGGUCAUGGGCGGCGCCGCGGGCGAGGGCGGUUCGGUCGACGAGGUGUACGACCUCGGCGUCUCGUUCGCCGACCAGAUCGUCUCCAUCGCCGCCACCCUCGACCACUGUCACGUUCCCGGACGGUCAGAGCACGCAGCACUGGCACCCGACGAGGUGGAAAUCGGCACCGGCCCGCACAACGAGCCGGGCUAUAUCAAACUCUCGCCGCAGCCGUCCCCGGAGGGCAUGGUCAAGGAGGUCCUACGGUACUGCCUCGACCCCAACGACCCAGAGCGCAGCUACGUCCGUUUCGCGCCUGGCGACGAGACCUUCCUGCUGGUCAGCAACUUCGGCGGCAUGUCGCACCUCGAGAUGGGCGCCCUCGUCGACGAGCUGCUGGCCCAGCUGGCCGCGGACUGGGACCUCCGCCCCUCGCGCGUGUACGCCGGUUUUCUCGAGACGUCUCUCAACGCCCCGGCCUUUUCCGUCUCGGUAGUUAACGUGACGGCGGCGGCGCGCGGGUGCGCCUACUCGGUCGACGACAUGAAGCGGUUCGCCGACGCCCGCACCGAUACCUACUGGGAGUCCAUGGCCGGUGCACAGUCGGCGCGGCGACCACGGGACGAGCAGUUCGUGACGAAGAAGGAGGAGGAGACCAAGGCACCAACGCCGGAAGACCGAGACGUCAAGGUCGACGCUCAGAAGCUGGACAAGAUGCUGCGGACGGCAUGCGAGGCGGUGGUGGCGGCCGAACCGGACCUGACGCGGUGGGACACGGUGAUGGGCGACGGCGACUGCGGCGAGACGGUCAAGACGGUGGGCCUGUCGCUCCUCGGGGCGUUGGACCAAGGGGUGGCGUCGGCGGGCUCGGUGGACGCCGUGCUGGCGGCGCUGGAAGACAUUGUCGAGUCGCGCAUCGGCGGCACGCUGGGCGGCGUGCUGGGCAUCUUCUUCGUGUCUCUCCGGCUCGCCAUCCAGGAGAACGCGGGACUGGCGCGGACGGAAGGGCAGGAGGCGCUCUGGGCCAAGGCGCUGGCGUCGGCGCUGGCGAACCUGAGGCGGUACACGCCCGCGGCGGUGGGCGACCGGACUAUCAUGGACGCGCUGAUCCCGUUCGCCGAGGGCAUGGCCAGGGGAGGGUUCGAGACGGGCGUGCAGGCGGUGGCAAAGGGGGCCGAUACUACCAGGGGUAUGAAGCCCAAGCUGGGACGGGCGACGUAUGUGGGCGGGGACCUGGCGGAGAAGGAUGUGCCCCCUGACCCGGGCGCAUGGGCUGCGCGAGUUGCGCUGGAGGGGUUGAAGACGGGAAUGUCUUCAUCGUCGUGA